GCUGAGCUACGGAAGCAGCUCCGCCGGACAGGAGCUCAGCUCAGGCGCGUUUUAUCCGCUUUGACCAGGACGACUUAAACGCAGCAAUGCGCGCUCUCUCCUGCCACUUUAACCUCGCAGAUACCCCUGAAGCCAGGAUCAAACAGGCGUUCAGCGUUCUACGUAAAAUCUGAUAGUAGCAUUUCUUUGUUAAAUUACUGAUUAGCCUGACUAAACAUGGAUCAGGAGGAGUUCGAGGACAUAGAUUCACCUGGGCAGUGGCAAAACCUCUAUACCGAAAUCCGUAAUCAGUCUCAGGAAUGUUCCUACAAAGUGGCAAAAUUUCCAGAAAAUCGGAACAGAAACCGAUACAGAGAUGUCAGUCCAUAUGAUCACAGCCGGGUGAGAUUAGAAAACUCAGAAAAUGACUACAUAAAUGCGAGCCUAAUAAACAUAGAGGAUGCCCAAAGAAGCUACAUACUAACACAGGGACCCUUGAGGAAUACUUGCGGUCAUUUCUGGUUAAUGAUCUGGGAGCAGAGGUCCAAAGCAGUAAUCAUGCUGAAUAGAGUCGUAGAAAAAGGCACUGAGAAAUGUGCACAGUACUGGCCCUCGGAGGAUGAGAGACAGAUGGAUUUCAGUGACACAGGGUUUGUGGUGACUCUAGUGUCUGAAGAUGUGAAGUCAUAUUACACAAUAAGAGUGCUGGAGCUUCAGAACACCAAUACAGGAGAGAGUAGAUGCAUCUAUCAUUUUCAUUAUACCACAUGGCCUGAUUUUGGUGUGCCAGAGUCGCCUGCGUCUUUCCUCAACUUUUUAUUCAAGGUCCGAGAGUCGGGCUCAUUGGAGCCUGUGAAUGGUCCGGCCGUGGUCCACUGCAGUGCGGGGAUUGGCCGGUCUGGAACAUUCUCAUUGGUUGAUACCUGUCUUGUCCUGAUGGAGAAGAAGAAGGACCCAUUGUCUGUGGAUAUACAGAAAGUGCUGCUGGACAUGAGGGAGUAUCGCAUGGGCCUCAUCCAAACUCCAGACCAGCUCCGUUUCUCAUACAUGGCCAUUAAGGAAGGAGCCAAGUGCAUCUUGGGAGAUGCCACUCUGCAGCAGCAGUGGCAGAAGCUGUCUAAAGAGGACAAGGAACCAGAGGCUUACUUGGGCUCUCUCCCCAUGGAUAACACAAGGCCCCUAGACAAACUGAAUGGACAGAUGGAAGAGCCAGGAGGCAAAGGCAAUGUGAUAGAGCCGCUGAAGGAGGAGCAGAGAAUGGAACUAAAAUCGGAAAGCCUGCGUAAGAGGCAUCGUGAAGAGCGGAUAGCCAGUACAGCACAGAAGCUUCAGCAGAUGAAGCAAAAGCUGAGUGAAUCGGAGAAGAAGAAGGAGAACUGGCUGUAUUGGAAACCCAUUCUCUUAAAUGUAGGAGCUGGAGCAGCUGUAGCACUGGGACUCUUCAUGUGCUGGGCUUUUCUCUCCCAAUGACAUCACAUCACCAUACAAACUCUUUCCACUGUUUUUUAUUUUACACUGGGACCCAGGACAAAGGACUUUCUUAUAAUGAAAUGCUUGGAUUUUUGCAAGCAAAGGAUGCUCACCAGUACCCGGUCUGUCGAGUCGUUUUUACUGGAAACAUUCAUACUAGGACAUUCUGCCUGAUUUCUUGAACAUUAUACUUACAUUCAUUACUUUAGUAAUUCCGUAACUGUUCAAGCACUUAACCUUGGGCCUUAACACAUGUACAGUGUUAGGAAGCUUGAUCCAUUAUAACCAGUACAGAUGAUGGAUGUUGGUCCCAAAAACACGUUUCAUAAGAAUGUUUUGGGAAAUCACUGCCUCAACAUUUGGGCAAAUGAUGUAUUUGAGUGGCUCACCAGUGGGAGAAAUGUUUGUCAGAAGCCAAAAUUUGUUUCUAUUGAUGGUCUUUUACGUUCACAUCUCAGGAGUUUUUAGUAAUGAACUGAUGAUAGAAUACAUCACUGAAUUUAAUGGGUGGAUCAUGCCCAAUUUUCAAAUAAUAAUAAUAGUAAUAAUAAUAAUGUAUAUAGUAAAACAAAACUUCUGCUGAACAAGAAAAUCUGUUCUUUGUCUUUCUCUCUUUGUUUAUCUCAGUGAUGAGAUUUAGAUAUUUAGACUGCAUUUAGACAGAAGGCACUCACUACAAGCAUAGACGUUGGAUCUGGAUAGCGUUUUUUGUCCACUUAUUAUGAAAGCAUAGCUGGCAGCAGGUUAUGAUUUUAUUUCAUUAUAGUAAUAAAACUGUCGACCCAAAAAUGACCCAUAAUCACAAGUUAUAGAAGUAAUUGAUGUGUGUGAGAAAAGACCACAAAUAUACUACAGUAAAUGGAGAUUGGAACAGACAAUAGACUCUUCUAAAUGACGCUGUCUACCUUCUUGAAGUGUAAGAGUUUUGCUCACACCUCUGUAAAGGAAGCAUGGUGUCUGUAGGCUGUUUUCAGCAUGGUUACCAAAACUAAACAUAGAUUUGAUUUUUUUCGUUGAGAGCUGUUGUCGGAACUAAAAAUUGAUUUGCUGAAUUAGUGAAAUCAAUGUGGACCAAAUGAGAGGCCUUACACAGCCUCAGUUCCUGGAACUGAUCCAGUAUUUGCAGAAGUGGUUACUGAUGGCAUGGGAAAAUCAAAUUAAGUUACCAAAUGGGAAAGACGGAUUCAUUUCCACCCAUCAAGCGUGGCAAACUACAUAUGGGAAAAUGCUUCAUUUGACUGUGAAGGCAAUAGAGAUUCUCAUUGGAUCCAGCUUUCUUACCGGCCUUUUUCAUUACUAUUGUGAGAAACUGGAAAAAAAAAACAAUGAAUUGAUUUGUACUUAUCCCUCCAGGUAGCAAUGAAAGAUACUACAAAUCUACAAUAUUGGAUAAAGAAGCUAACUAUGGACAUAUAGUUAUAGGCCUACUAGGUACUCUGAACUUUUAAACGACAGCAAGGAUGAAGAAGGAGUGAUGUCCUUAAUGAAAAAUCUGUUGAUGUGUACUGCAUCUGCCCUCUAUACAGCCCUUUGUAAUCUAGGCAUUGUUCACAAACUGUUCUGUCUGACCUUUCCACUUUGAACCGUGUCACCUAGGUUUUUCAGAAAGUGUUUAUGAUGAGUUUAUUUUCAGCUUCUUUGUUCUAGCAAUAAAAUCACAUUUGAAUCUAA